AUGAGAGUAGUAAUCCAAAAGGUCAAACGAGCGGCGGUAACCGUGGACUCGGCCGUGGUGUCGUCGAUCCAAAAGGGUCUCAUGGUGCUUGUGGGCAUUUCUACAUCAGACACCAUGGCAGACGUGGAAAAAUUGCUGAAGAAAAUCGUGGGGUUGCGAUUAUUUGAAGACUUGUCAAUUGCUCCCGAAACCGCUACAAAAUGGUAUGGCAAGCCAUGGAGCAAGAGUCUCAAUGACGAUCUGGCAUUGGAGAUCCUCUGUGUAUCUCAAUUCACACUUUACGGCACUGUGAAAAAAGGAUCCAAACCGGACUUUCAUCGGGCUGCAAAAGGUCAAGAAGCUCGACAAUUGUACGAUAGUUUUCUCGACCAAUUGCGUGGUUCCUUGGGCAACGAAAGAGUGAAAGACGGAGAGUUUGGAGCGAUGAUGGACGUGGAGCUUGUAAAUGACGGUCCGGUGACAAUUGUAUGGGAUACGCAGAAAACUGACUUGUAA